AUGUUUGCCUUGUGGAAGAGAGGGAACGCUGCGGUGUUUGUGACGCUAGCGAAGCGCAGCCUGUCGGUGCCGGCCCGGAUCCCGGGCCGGGGUCUUGUGAAGCUCGACAGCUCAAGGUUUCUCCGGGUGUCCGGGCCAGACGCCUCGGUGUUCAUCAACGGGUUGACGACGGUGAAGAUGCUUCCGAAACAUCUCAAGAAGAACCAGACGACGAUCUCCGCCGCCGACAUCAACAACGAGGCCGUCGCCCGCUCGAUCGACCUCUCGCAGGAACUCAUCACGUCCAGCAACUGGGGCAUACUCCACGAGGCCGAGGAGUACGACCCGGAGGACCCCGCAGAGCUGCCGAUGCGCUUGGGCAUCCGCCGGGACGGGCGGUACGGCAUGAUCCUGAGGGCCAACGGCCGUGUCUUCUCGGACAUCUUCAUUUACCCGACGCCCUUUGUGCUCGACGGCGACGCCGCCAGCGAGCCGACGUACCUCAUUGAGUUGCUGAACGCAGCACAGUUCAAGCCGCUCCAGCUGAUGCUCAAGCUCCACAAGCUCCGGGCGAAGGUGGACAUCCAGGAGGAAAAGCUGGCGUCGUGGUUCUACUACGACAACUCGCCCGACGGCCACAAACUCUACGACACGUUGCUCGACGUCUACUUCUCAAAUUCCGCCUCGAAGGACCCUGCUGCCGCCAACCAGCUUGCAGCCAGACUCCUCAGCGACGGCGGGCUCAUUAGCCCCCGGCUCCCCCGCAAAGACGUCCUCGGCUUUGCUGUAGACCAGCGGUCAGACUACUUUGGCCUGAGAAUCGUCUCUCCUGAGGAACAGCCUCCCAUCGACAACGUCGACCUUCUUCCCCUGGAGACAUACGUUGCUCGUCGGGUCCAGCACGGGAUCGUGGAAAACACCGACUUCCAGAGCACGGCGACGCUUCCGUUCGAGUGCAACCUCGACUGGAUGCGGGGCAUCAACUACGACAAGGGCUGCUACAUGGGCCAAGAACUCACCAUCCGGACCUGGACGGGCAACGGUACUGUGCGCCGGGUCCUGCCUGUCGUCUUCGACGAGAAGAUCCCAGACCUCGAUGACGCCCACGCCAAGCUGGAACUGCGGGUCGUUGAGGACAGUGCGGAGGCCCAGCAAGAGCAGAAGGAGGAGAAAGAGCCUGUAUAUAAUCCGUUUGGAUCUCCAGCUUCUUCAUCAGCCGGCGCACGGCCUGUUCGGGCCCGUCGGGACGCAGGAAAGGUCGGAGAGGUGUUGGUGAACGACGGCGAACGCGGUUUAGCACGGGUCGAAAAGAGGUAUUUUGACUGGGACCAGGAGCUCACAAAGAAGGUCAGCAUCGUGCACAACGGCCACACGUACGCCGGCACCAUCGACGCCGGCAUCUGGAACGAGUGA